AUGGAUAUUGAACUUGUAGAUAGUGGCGACGAAGAACGAGGCCGAAGGCUACGGAAACCUACAUCAAAAGGGAAAGCUUACAACGUACAACGAAAGCGCAGAACCUGUAUUAACGUUCAGACGAAGAUAACGAAGCACAUAAAUAGGAUAAACUUAGUUACUUGUAGCUAUGAUAAUUGUCAUAUUAUUAAGCAAGAGUUGGGUGUACUUGUCGCCUUAAACGCCGAAUUAAAGGAAGCGUUUCAAUUAUGGCGUAUGGAGUUAACAAUGGAAGAAGAGAUAGCUGAUGCGUUGGCAUGGUAUGACGAACAAUGCGAAAGAAAUUCUCGUUUCACGAUUGAAAUCGAACAAUGGAUUACCAGUGCGAAGCAAAAUAUUGAAGAACAAAUGGACAAAAGAUCUUUUAGUUCGCGUCAUUCGUCCAGAACUAAAAGCAGCAGUUUUUCGGAGAGUUCAAGCCAAGCAAGAGUUAAAGAACGACGUAAAGUGGUUGAGUUACGCGCUAAAGCUGCAACGCUUGAAAGAAAAAGGAAGCUUGAAAACGAGGCAGAAAUACUACGUUUGGAGGAAGAAAUUGCGAUAGCUGAGGGUCGAGAAGAAAUGCUUUUGAAGUUUGAGCAAGAGAUGAGCCUGAAAGACGGUAUGAAUCAAUAUCACGAACAGUAUGCGAAAUCUAACUGAAAACGCCUUAUGACCUAAUGACUCCGUCCUGUACAGCUAAUAUUCCUUCUACGUCAUUCGCCCCGAAUAUUCCUUUACGUCAUUCGCCCCGAGUAUUCCUUCUACGUCAUUCGCCCCGAAUAUUCCUUCUACGUCAUUCGCGCCGAGUAUUCCUUCUACGUCAUUCGCCCCGAAUAUUCCUUCUACGUCAUUCGUCCCGAAUAUUCCUACGUCAUUUACCCCGAAUAUUCCUUCUACGUCAUUCGUCCCGAAUGUUCCUUUUACGUCAUUCGUUUCGAACAUUCCUUCCACACCAUUUGUCUCAAAUAUCUCUGGAACAGUGUUUCCUGCGAAGACACAGGCGUCGAGGUUCACUCCCAAUGUUCGUGCACCUAUAUUCACUCCAAACAUUCCUGCAACAAAUGCUGCAAGCAAAAGAUCCGUGACUUUUGUCAAUGAGCAUCGGCAGAGUCUUCCAACAUACUCACCACCGUCGUUUUCACAAACCGAUUCAGCAUCACCUAUUAUUACCUCAUCCUACCCUGGUUUGCGUCAUACCAACCCUGGUCCUCGUCUGUCGCCAAGAGUCACUAGUACACCCUGGGAUCAAACCAUUUCUACGCAAGCAAGGAUCAGCAACGAACCAUCCGUUGUCUAUCAACCAUCCUUUGAAUCAAGAAUACCGGUACCUUUACCGACAACUGCUAACCGUGCGCAACCGGAAGCAUGGGAACAAGCUAGUCAAGUGUCGAUUCCAAGAACCAAUGAAGACCAGUUUGGCGUGUUGAUCGAGAAACAGUGCAACCUUACCGAGAAAAUCAUGCAACAAAAUCAACGAAGUCUUAUUCCACGUCUUGCAUUGUCUAAGUUCUCUGGAGACCCCACAGAGUACAAUAUUUUCAUUCAAGGUUUUAACUCGCAGUUCCAUAAUAAGCUGAACUCUAACUCAGAUCGUUUACGAUAUCUAGAUCAGUACCUCGAAGGCGAAGCUAAAGAAUUGGUCAAAGGAUGUCAUUACAUGGAUCCUGACAUUGGUUAUGCAGAGGCGAGAAGGCUGAUUGACGAGAAAUAUGGUGAUCCGUACAACAUUUCUAAUGCAUUUAUUAAGAAGAUGCCUGAAUGGCCAAUGCUUAAACCCGGUGAUGAUGAUGGCUUAAACCGAUUUUCUACCUUCCUAACGCAGUGUUGCAGUGCUAUGAAAUCGUUGUCGUAUUUAACUAUAUUGGAUCAUCCGCACAACUUGCAAACCUUGGUCAAGAAGUUACCAUUCCACCUUCAAGAUCGAUGGAGACGUGUCGCAAGUAAAGCGAGAGUCGGACAUAGGAAUAUGCCAAGCUUCGACUCGUUUGCUAAUUUCAUUAAAGACGAAGCUAAAGUGGCAACAGAUCCAAUCUUUUCUCGAGAAGCUCUGAGAGUUCAAAGUUCUGACGGAGUAAACAACAAACGCAAGCCCCCAAAUUAUAAAGUAAGAACUAACGCAAGUAAAGUGGAAUCUUGUAUCCACUGUAAAAAGGAACAUGACUUGAACGAUUGUGAUGAAUCAUGUUUCGCUCACUACUCUGGUUUAAAUAAAUGAUUACAAAGCCCAGUCGAAUUGUAAUCAAGACCCAACGUUUCGACACUCCAGUCUAGUGUCUUCAUCAGGGGUGAUCUAAAACUGUGAUCGUGGCUUCUUAAAUACCCAAGGGAUGACGUCACCUGCCAAGAAGAUGCAUAUAUUCCUCUGGCAAAUAGGCGCCGUCAUCCCUAUUCAAAGCAUGAUGACUCAUAUUUAUAUGCCACGCUUCUAGACAAAGUCUUUGACCAUAGCGAUUGUUUGUGGUAAUUACUUUAGAGUUUUCCCACGCAAUCUCGUGUUUGGUGUAACAUACAUGUUCGGCUAAAGCAGAUUUUCCCUUGUCUAAAGUUGAAACAGCCUUUUGAUGUUCUUUUAGCCGUGUACCAAACUGGCGUUUAGACUGACCCAAAUACUCUGACUGCGAUAAAGAGUAUUUGGGUCAGUCUAAACGCCAGUUUGGUACACGGCUAAAAGAACAUCAAAAGGCUGUUUCAACUUUAGACAAGGGAAAAUCUGCUUUAGCCGAACAUGUAUGUUACACCAAACACGAGAUUGCGUGGGAAAACUCUAAAGUAAUUACCACAAACAAUCGCUAUAUCGCAUAUAAAUAUGAGUCAUCAUGCUUUGAAUAGGGAUGACGGCGCCUAUUUGCCAGAAGAAUAUAUGCAUCUUCUUGGCAGGUGACGUCAUCCCUUGGGUAUUUAAGAAGCCACGAUCGCAGUUUUAGAUCACCCCUGAUGAAGACACUAGACUGGAGUGUCGAAACGUUGGGUCUUGAUUACAAUUCGACUGGGCUUUGUAAUCAUUUAUUUAAACCAGAGUAGAGAGCGGAAACAUGAUUGAUAUACCUGGUUGCAGUGAACGAACAAACUUUAGAUUGUGAUGAAUAUUUAAAGAAGAGCAUCGGUGAAAGACGAAAAUUCCUUGCCGAGAAACAGUUAUGUUACUCGUGUUACAUGCCUGGUCAUAGAUCUAGAGGUUGUUCGCAAAAGAGAACAUGUAAGACUUGUUCACGCCGUCAUCCUACUGGCCUACAUGUUGAAAACUUUCAGCCUAUUGUGAAAAAGCUUGCGAACAAUAAUGUUGCGAAGAAUGUGGAAUCGGCCUUGACAACCAUUACUGCAAACAGUAUCACCAGAAAAGUACAAGAAGAAGGACCUGUCGGAUCUGUGCCGAUAGUACCAAUUAUUGUACGAUCAGCUGAAACAGAGUUGAUAACAUGUGCGAUGCUUGAUAACUGCAGCACCGGUACGUUCAUUCUAGAAGAUCUGCGACAAGAGCUUAACGUAGACGGAGUAGAUUCACAAGUUUCAAUAACAACUAUGAAUGGUAAACAGCUACACAACGUGAAAGUUAUUAGAGGCUUGACUGUAUCUGACUUGGACGGCAACAAUUCCAUUUCUCUACCUAAAGCUUUUACCAAGCUCGAAAUGCCCGCAAUCAUUCAAGAUAUCCCCAGACCAGAGCAAGCGAGAAAAUGGCCACAUCUGGCGCAUGUAGCUGAUUACGUCCAUCCAUUAAUACCGAAUGUCAAGAUUGGCCUCUUAAUUGGAACAAACUGCCCUGAAGCCAUUGAACCUAAAGAUUUCGUGACAAGUAUGAACGGUGGUCCAUAUGCUGUUCAAACGUUCGCUGGCUGGACUAUUAUUGGACCUCUUCAUAUGUCAAGCAAUGGUCCUGCGACGGUCAAUUGUAAUCGGAUUGUUGCAAAAGAAAUUAGUUCAGAAGUACCAAUGGAUCAUCAUUUCGCUGUUGAACAGGUGGUGAAAGAGAUCCUUACACCAGAAGCAUUAAACAGAAUGAUGGAACUUGAUUUCAGCGAAAGAAAAGUCAGUAAUGAACAUGGUCUCUCUCAAGAAGACAAGUUAUUUCUUAAGAAAGUUGAACAAGGAACCAAGAAAUUGCGGGAACCACUGAGUAUUUUCAUAAAAUACAAUACAACGGUAACUCCGAAUAAAGUAAGCAUUUUGAUUCAACGUUUCGACUUUAUUUAGUCAUCAUCAGGAAUCUCCUGAUGAUGACUAAAUAAAGUCGAAACGUUGAAUCAAAAUGCUUACUUUAUUCGGAGUUACCGUUGUAUUGAACCAAGAAAGUCGAAGGACACUAUGAAAUACCACUUCCUUUCAGAGAAGACAAAGUCGUUAUGCCCGACAACCGAGCUCAAGCAGAACGAAGAGCGCAUUGGAUAAAGAAGAAAUUCCUUAAAGAUAAUCGUCUACGCAAGCAAUACACAGAGUUCGUGAAUGAUAUGCUUGUCAAAGGAUAUGCAAGGAAAGUUCCACUAAACGCUACAGCCCCGAAGAAAGGCAAAGUAUGGUACUUGCCGCACCACGCAGUAUAUCACCCAAAAAAUCCCGAUAAGGUCCGCAUCGUAUUCGAUUGCAGCGCCCGAUUCGAAGGAACAGCUUUAAACGAUAGACUGCUUCAAGGACCAGAUCUGACUAAUUCUUUGAUAGGAGUGUUGGUACGGUUUCGUCAAGAACCAGUGGCAUUUAUGGGAGAUAUAGAAUCGAUGUUCUAUCAAGUGCGAAUACCUGAGCAUCAACGCAAUUUUGUCCGCUUUCUGUGGUGGCCUGAUGGUAACAUAUCGCAAGAUCUUGCUGAAUAUGAAAUGAACGUUCAUAUAUUUGGCGCAGUAUCGUCUCCAAGCUGCUCGAAUUUUGGCCUCCGUAGAGCUGCUGAUGAUUAUGAGUACAAAAUUGGAACGGAAUCCGCAGACGUGCUUCGACGAAACUUCUAUGUAGAUGAUUGCCUCCGAUCAGACAAGACGGUGGACGUUGCUAUUUAACGAAUGCACAGUGUUAUAGAUGCGUGUGCCAAUGGAGGUUUCCACCUAACAAAACUUACAUCAAACGACCGAACAGUACAUACAUACAUACAUACAUACAUACAUACAUACAUACAUACAUCAACUUUAUUUAAACACGGAAAAUCAUCAGUAUAGUUAUUUACAAAAAUAUUAAAAAAUUUUAAAAGGAACAAAAAGAAAUAUAGAUACUGUUCUACCUGAUUGCCGUGUGGGAGUCAGAUCGAUUAUUUAUUAAGAAGGCUUCUAAACCUGUCUUAAAUGCAGCGAGAGAGGUUACUGAUCUAAGAGAUUCUGGCAUUGGAAACCAUCCCUGCUGAAGAACGAACAAAAGAACUUCGAAGUUUGGAUCUUAACCAUCACGAUCUACCCAUAGAAAGAGCACUCGGCGUUCACUGGCAUGUUGAAUCAGAUAAAUUUGGUUUUCGUAUUACCAUCAAGGAUAAACCACUAACUAGAAGAGGUAUUCUUUCUACCAUUGGCUCUAUCUAUGAUCCUUUAGGGAUAGCAGCUCCAGUGUUACUUCCGGGCAAGAUGAUUCUUCAAGAUCUUUGUCGAGAGAAAGCGGAUUGGGACGAUGAGAUAUCAGAAACGUAUCGUCAUCGUUGGGAAGAAUGGAAAAGAAGUUUACCCCUGUUGGAAUAAUUUGAUCUGAAUCGAUGUUAUAAACCAGAUACAUUUGGGACAGUAGUUUCUCAGCAGAUACACAGCUUCUCUGACGCGAGUUCUGCAGGAUACGGGCAGGUGUCGUACUUAAGACAAGAAAAUGACCUUGGAUAGAUUCAUUGUGCUUUCCUUAUUGGCAAAGCUCGUUGUUCACCAGUCAAGCAAAUGACUAUUCCCCGCCUCGAAUUGACCGCUGCUGUAUUAUCAGUACGUGUAUCGAAUAUGCUUGUAAAAGAGCUUGAUGUUUCACCAGACGAUUGAUUCUACUGGACCGAUAGUACCACAGUCCUGAAGUACCUUACCAAUGAUAAAGCCAGGUACAAGACGUUCGUAGCAAACCGAGUCCAAACGAUUAGAGACACAACUGCACCCCAUGAAUGGCAUUACGUUGACUCAGCCUUGAAUCCUGCUGAUGAUGCGUCUCGUGGUUUAAAGAUGUCACGCUUCCUUGAGAACAAGCGGUGGAUUAAUGGACCAUCAUUCCUGUGGAAAGCAACGGAUGAAUGGCCUGAACGACCUUUUGAUGUAAGCGUUAAUACACUUGACGAUCCAGAAGUCGCCGUAAUAUCUGCUAAUGCCAUCGUAUCUGAUCAACGCAAUGAGAUUCUGGAAUACUUCUCUCGUUUCUCUCAAUGGUAUCGACUAAAGAAAGCUAUAGCAUGGUUGUUACGCAUGAAGCCAAGACGAGAUCGCAACCGACGGAAUCUUGGUGAUAGUUCCACGCAAGAUAUGACCCCCAAACCUAUCAAGGUCGAAGAAUUGGAAAAGGCAGAAGUUACAAUUGUGAAAAUUGUCCAAGCGGAAUCCUUUCCUGACGAAAUUAGUGCGCUGAAAAGGGUCGAAGACAGCAGCAAAAUCAACAAUAGAAGUCUUACUAAGCAAAAAACGACCAAACUCAGAACGUCAAGCUCAUUGUAUCGCCUGGAUCCUUUCCUUGGCUCCGAUGGUCUACUGCGUGUUGGAGGAAGAUUACGUAGGUGUGACGAGAUAACGACAGAAAUGAAGCAUCCCGUCAUAUUGCCGAAAUAUGGUCACGUUACAGAGCUGAUUAUUCGCCACAACCAUGAGAACGCUGCCCACAGCGGAAGAGGAAUUACUCUCAACCAUUUAAGAGGCAGAUAUUGGAUCAUAAACGCCAAUUCCAGAGUCAGAAAUUACAUAUCAAGAUGCGUAGAUUGCAGAAAAUUUCGUGCCAGAACCGCCAAACAGAAGAUGGCUGAUUUGCCCAAGGACAGACUUACUUCCGCAGCACCAUUUACAUACUGUGGAGUUGAUCUUUUUGGCCCCUGUCUUAUCAAGGAUGGUCGGAAAGAAUUAAAACGCUAUGGUGUGCUAUUCACAUGCUUAAACAGUCGAGUAAUUCACCUAGAAUCAGCCAACUCCUUGGAAACCGACUCGUUCCUGAACGCACUCAGACGUUUUAUAGCUCGACGUGGUCCAGUGAGAGAAAUAAGAUCAGACCGAGGUACCAACCUAAUAGGAGCUGCGAAAGAGCUUAAAGACGCUCUCAAAGAAAUGGACGACGCGAAGAUAAACGAGUAUCUGUGCCGUUAUUCCGACGCUGAUUGGCUGGUCAGAUGGAAACCAAACCCCCCAGCGGCAUCACACAUGGGUGGUGUAUGGGAACGCCAGAUUCGUACAGUGCGUACAAUCCUUACAUCGUUAAUGAAAGAAUUUGGUCAUGUUCUUAAUGAUGAAUCUUUCCGAACACUGUUAACAGAAGCCGAGUGUAUUGUCAACAGUAGACCACUGACAUUCCCUUCCAGCGAUCCUACCGAUUUACAGAGUCCAAUUUCACCAAGUAACAUUUUGACGAUGAAAUCAAAGAUAGUUAUGCCACCUCCUGGAGACUUCCACCGCGCCGACCUCUACCUUCGUAAGCGAUGGAAGCGAGUCCAGUAUCUGGUUGAAAUCUUCUGGACUCGAUGGAAAAGGGAAUACCUGAAUACACUUCAGAUGAGAAAGAAAUGGAACCGUCCCCAGCGCAGUUUUGAAAUCGGAGAUAUAGUCCUAGUAGUCGACGAGAGAACAUCAAGAAACUUGUGGCCACUUGCUCGUGUUAUUGACAUUACUCCAGACUCAGUGGGUGCUGUUCGCUCCGUAACAGUGAAGACUGCUGCGUCAACCCUCGAACGUCCAAUUGUGAAACUAGUUCUUUUACUGGAAAACUCGUAA